AUGGCAGAACUGUUUAUGGAAUGUGAAGAAGAGGAGCUAGAGCCAUGGCAGAAGAAAGUGAAAGAAGUUGAAGAGGAUGAUGAUGAUGAGCCCAUCUUUGUUGCGGAGAUAGCAAGUUCAAAACCAGCUAUUUCAAAUAUUUUGAACAGAGUUAACCCCAGCUCUCAUUCAAGAGGAAUAAAGAAUGGUAUACUUAAUCGAGGUUUUACUGCUUCAUUCAAGCCUACAAGUCAACGCUGCCUGAAUUCAACAUCAAAUCCUGUGACUGCCUUGCCAGUACAUUUUCAUCCUGAAUCUAGAUCUUCAGAUAGCUCUGUUAUUGUUCAGCCAUUUUCUAAACCUGGUUAUGUAACAAAUUCACCACGAGUUCUGUCUAAUAACUCUUCAGAGUUACUGUUUGACUUGACCCAAGAUACAGGAUUAUCACAUUACCAGGGGGGACCAACACUUUCUAUUGCAGGUUUGAAUGAAACUUCAUUUUUAUCAAAACGACCUUCUGAUUCUGACAUAAGCAGUGUUAACCCCAAAAAGCCUAAACCCAGUGAAAAUAUUUCUGGAACAGAUGCCUCUUCUGUUGUCUCUUCAGAAAAGUCUCCAUCAGUGAUGUCUCUCCAAGUGGUGCCAUCGCAAGGUAUAAAUUGCUCAUCAAAUCAAUCUAAGAAUGGAACAACUUUUCCAAGAGCAUGUCCCAAGUGUAAUAUUCACUUCAAUCUUUUGGAUCCUCUGAAAAACCACAUGACGGUAAAUCUUUUCCAAAAUCUAAUUUUGAAAGUUUGAA